UUUUGUAGGCUGGGAUCUGCAGCACAUCAUAACAUUAGAUGCUGUGGAGGAAGACAGUAAGAGUCAAAUCAUGUUGAAGAAGGUCCAAUCCCCGGUGGUUCUGUUGUACUGCUCUAAAGACGAGGGAGUCUUUAUCCUGGAGGAGGCUCGCUCCCUGGGCCUCACCGGGUUCGGAUACAUCUGGAUCGUCUCCAGCCUGACCUCCGGCACCACCGAGACGGUACCCGAAGAGUUCCCCUCGGGCAUGGUGUCCGUCUCCUCUGAGGACUGGGACUACCCUCUGGAGGCGCGGGUGAGGGACGGGCUGGGCAUCAUCACGUCCGCUGCCUCCGCCAUGCUGGAGGAGUACGGAGAAAUACCUGAAGCGAGGACUUCCUGCUACGGGACACAGCCGGAGAAGCCUUCCAAGGUUCCUCCUCUCGCUCUGCACAAGUAUAUGAAGAAUGUAACAUGGGAAGGUAGAGACUUGUCGUUUACAGAAGAUGGUUACCAGCAGAACCCCAAGCUGGUCGUCAUCGUUCUCAAUAAGGAACGAGAAUGGGAGAAGAUGGGUCGUUUGGACAACCGGAGCCUGACGUUGAAGUACCACGUGUGGCCGCGCUUCAACUCGUUCGGCGACGCGGAGACGGAUGACAACCAUCUGUCCAUCGUGACUCUGGAGGAGAAGCCCUUCGUCAUCGUCGAAGACGUAGAGAGGCUCACUGGAACCUGUAUGAGGAAUUCUGUUCCCUGUAGGAAGCACAUCAAGGACAACACCACAGAGGCGGGCGGGACCUACAUUAAAAAGUGCUGUAAAGGAUUCUGCAUCGACAUCCUGAAGAAGAUCGCGAAGUACGUAAAGUUCACCUACGAUCUCUACCUGGUUACCAACGGUAAACAUGGGAAGAAGAUCAACAACGUGUGGAACGGGAUGGUGGGAGAGGUGGUCUAUAAGAAAGCUGUCAUGGCCGUCGGCUCUCUGACGAUCAAUGAGGAGCGUUCUGAGGUCAUCGAUUUCUCCGUCCCGUUCGUGGAAACUGGAAUAAGCGUCAUGGUCUCCCGUAGCAACGGAACCGUCUCCCCGUCCGCCUUUCUUGAGCCGUUCAGUGCGACGGUGUGGAUCAUGAUGUUUGUGAUGCUGUUGUUGGUAACAGCGAUGGCUGUGUUCAUGUUUGAAUACAUCAGCCCUCUGGGCUUUAACAGGAACCUGGCACAGGGUAGAGACCCCCACGGCCCAUCGUUCACUAUGGGUAAGGCGGUGUGGCUGCUGUGGGGUCUGGUGUUCAACAACUCUGUCCCGGUUCAGAACCCUAAAGGCACCACCAGUAAGUUCAUAGUGUCGGUGUGGGCCUUCUUCGCCGUCAUCUUCCUGGCCUCUUACACAGCCAACCUGGCUGCCUUCAUGAUCCAGGAGGAGUUUGUAGACCAGGUCACGGGACUGUCGGACAACAAGUUCCAGAACCCGUAUGCGUACUCCCCUCCGUUCCGUUUUGGGACGGUCCCCAACGGUUCGACGGAGAGGAACAUCAGGAAGAAUUACCCUAACAUGCACGAGUACCUGUCCAAGUACCACCAGACAGGGGUUCAGGACGCUCUGGUCAGCCUGAAGACGGGGUAGGGAGCCUGGGCACGGCGGGGAGGGGCGAGGGCCCCCUCUGUGGGUCUCACUCACCUAUCUCUGGUCUGGAUGUCUCAUCAUAUGAGGGGCUGAAUGUCUCUCAUCGUGUGUGUCUGUUCUCGCUCUCUGCGUCGGUAUGUCUCUCUCUCUGUGUGUGUGUGUGGUGUGUGAUGCUGCACUCU